GACCACUUCCGGUGCCGCCGCCAUGAGGGACCGGACGCGGGAACUGCAUCAGGCGCGGGCGGUCCGGGGGGCGCUGGGGGCGCUGGCGCUGCGGGCGGCGGCGCUGGAGGAGCUGCAGGAGAGAGCGCUGGGCACGCCCCUCCCCCCUCCAGAGCUGCAGGAGCAGCUGCAGAAGCUCCGGGACAAGAUCCAGGACCUGACCCGGGAGAUCCAGAGGGGGCUCCGAGCCCUGGCUCCCCCCCGGGAGGACGAGGAGGCCCCGAGCUCCGUCCGGGCGCGGCUGCGACGCACCCAGCACGGGCUGCUGGCCCAGCAGUUUUUGGGGCUCACAGGGGCCCUCCAGGCCUCCCAGGCCCGGUACCGCCAGCGCAGCCUCGAGCGCAUCCAGCGGCAGCUCCAGAUCGCCGGGCGCCCCCCGCUGGCCGAGGAGGAGCUGGAGCAGCUGCUGGAGUCGGGCCAGGGCCGCGCCUUCGUCUGCAACGUCCCAACCCCGAGCUCGGCCCGCGCCGCCCUGGACGAGGCCGGGCAGCGGCACCGGGAGCUGCAGCGCCUGGAGCGCGGCCUGAGGGAGCUGGGGGAGCUCUUCCAGCUCCUGGGCAGCACCCUGGAGGCACAGGGUGACGUCAUCGACCGCAUCGAGCGCCAGGUGCAGCACUCGGGGACGCACCUGGAAAAGGGGCGGGGCCACCUGCAGGGGGCGGGGCUUCGGCAGAAGGCGGCCAGACAGAAGCGCCUGGCCCUCGCCGCCUGCGCCUCGGUCGCCAUCUUGGUCCUGGUCGCCAUUGUGGCCGCCUCAGUGGCUUCCGGGUAGCUACGAGCGCUCCCAUUGGCUGCGGCGGCUGCCAAUCAAGCUAAACCCCACCCUCCGCCACCUCUGAUUGGCUGGGAGUGACAUCGCCGUGCUGCGAGGCAAAGCCCGCCCUGCUGGGCGCUGAUUGGGCGGGGGUGGUGUCAGUCACGGUUUGCGCGGUUCUGAUUGGUUGGUGGUGAUGUAAUGGUGGUGCGGGGGAGAACGCCGCCCCCCGGCGGUUUCUAUUGGCUGGUGGUGACGUCACCGGCGAAUAAAGCACUUUUCAGCCCCCCAAAAAAA